UGGCAAAAUAGCACUAUUCAUUGCCAAAUUAUAACAAUGACAAUGCUAUUUUAGCAAACACCAUUGGAGAUGCUCUAAGUUUUCUGAAUGAAAGUGUAUAUUUAAUUGUGUUUGCUUAUAAAGAGUUCAUUAGUUUAUAUAACCCUAAAUCUAUGACUGAAAAAAGGAAGUACAAAGAUUCCUAUUUACACCACAAGCUUGCCUAAUUCCUAAUAUGCCAUAUAUACACAAUCAUGCCAUAUAUACAAUAUAUUCUCACAUAUGUGACCUGCUAAGAACUGAGAAUGUAAAAUUGCUUGUGGUAUUAAGGCUGGAAUUUCAUAGGUAACUUUAAUUUCCAGUAUAAUGGAUCUCUGUACCAUUCUCCUAAAAUUGAACUAUUGGGCACCACCUAUGCAUUUUUGUUUUUAUUGAGAGUUAACUUUUAUUGUCUUUCUCUUUUUUUCCCUUUUCCUGUGGCAAAUUGCAGGUUCUAAUAGUGAAUUCUUUGUGCAGGAUCUUGUCAUACAUAGGAAUGGAAUGGAACAUGUAAGCUUAAAAAUUUAGGUUGUUGGAGAGUUGAAGACGGGAGAUGUUUGUGGUGAGAUAGGCGUCCUUUGUUACAGGCCACAAUUAUUUACUGUUCGUACAAAACGAUUGAGUCAGCUGCUACGGUUGAAUCGUACUACACUUUUAAACAUAGUUAAGGCAAAUGUUGGAGAUGGAACAAUAAUCAUGAACAAUCUUCUUCAGCACUUGAAAGAGCGGAGGGACCCUCUGAUGGAAGCAGUUUUGUUAGAUACAGAGCACAUGCUGGCUCAGGGAAGAAUGGAUUUGCCUCUCAGUUUAUGUUUUGCAGCGAUGAGAGGAGAUGAUCUAUUGUUGCAUCAGUUGCUGAGACGGGGUAUGGAUCCAAAUGAAUUGGAAAGCAAUGGCCGAACAGCUCUGCAUAUUGCAGCAUCAAAAGGAAGUGUAGAAUGUGUGCUUCUACUUCUGGAUUAUGGAGCAGAUCCCAACAGAAAAGAUUCUGAAGGAAAUGUUCCGCUAUGGGAUGCAAUUUUGGGGAGGCAUGAAUCCGUGAUAAAACUACUUGUAGACAAUGGCGCAGAACUAUCUGCAGGCGAUGUUGGUCAGUUUGCUUGCUAUGCUGUUGAGCAAAACAGCAUAGACUUGCUCAAGGACAUCAUCCGCUUUGGCGGGGAUGUUGCAUUGCUUAAUAGCCUUGGGACUACCGCACUUCACACCGCUAUUUCUGAAGAGAACACCGAAAUAGUGAAGUUCCUAGUAGAUCAAGGAGCUGACAUUGACAAGCCAGAUGUGCACGGUUGGACCCCGAGGGCUUUGGCAGAUUAUCAGGGACACGGAGAGAUAAAAUCUAUGUUCCAAACCAUGAAAGAGAAUAGAAACCAACCUGCUACGGUGGUUCCCGAGACACAGGGCGUGCCCUAUCUUAAGAAGUACCAGAGCGAGCCCACAAUGCCUAUUUUAACACCUGAAGUCGCACCAACAGAUGUUACAGAAGAUAACUGGUCCGAUGACCAUCGCAGACGGAGGGAUGACCAUCGCAGACGGAGGGCCAACGUUUUUAACAAUUCGCUGUUUGGGAUCAUGUCAGCUGCCAAUAGGCCCAGGAGAGGUGAUAGGGGUCUUUUACCAUCUCCAUCCAAUAUUGAACAAAAUUCAGGCAAUAACCGCCCAAGAGUCACAAUUAGUUGCCCGAGAAAAGGAGAAGUUGCAGGGAGGCUCACAUUUUUGCCCGAUACUCUUCAAGAGCUACUUGAUAUUGGUGCUCAGAAAUUUGGGAUCACUCCUACUAAAGUUUUAAUGAAAGAUGGAGCAUUAAUUGAAGACAUAGCGGUCAUUAGAGAUGGUGAUCAUCUCAUUCUCACCGGCGAUGGGGGAGCUGAGAUUUCAGGGAGUUAAGAGGUUACCUCCUAUAUUCAUCCCUUAAGUGUACAUUUUUUUUUCCCUAGUGGCACACGAUCCCACUUCGGAAUUUUGAAUUUGAGAGGGAAAAAAAAUGACUACUUGUGUUUGUUUUUUGUACUUGUAGUUUUCAUUGGAUGUCUGAAGGGGAAGGGUGGUGGAUAUAGAAAAUGCAAAAUUAUAGGUUAUAUAUAUGACAUUGGCAUCCAAUAGGUUAUUAUUUGUAUGGAGGGGCUUGGGUGUAUUAUUUCAAUUCUUUGAAGGUAAUUUAAUCCGUCAUUAUAAUGUUUAUUUGAA